GGCAUCUUUGAGUCCAGCCAUAUGCUAUAUAUGCCAGUGAGCUGGAGAGCAAGCGGGGCCAGUGUGUGUGAAUGAGAGCCCGAGCCAGAGAGAGAGAGAGAGAGAGAGGAGGAGGAGGACCAGAGUAGAGAGCAUCUUUGCCGGAGGAGCAUCCCUCGAUCAGCCGCCCGGCAGACGCCAUGAGCAAGCUCAGCUCCAAUGAGUCACCGUCCCCCAGCGAGAUUCCUGGCCGGGAGGAGCAAGACAAAGCCGGGAGCACCAAGAAGGUGGUGGAAGCCGAAGAGGAGGAGGUGGACAUCGACCUGAACGCGCCCGAGACUGAGAAGGCCGCCCUCGCCAUCCAAGGCAAAUUCCGACGCUUCCAGAAACGGAAAAAGGACCCCAGCUCCUGAGCAGCCCUGGCGCCCCCCUUCCCACCUGCCCCCUCCCACUCUGCGCUCCCCUUUCCCUUGGCCUCUUCCCCUAACUUGACAUUCCCACCCACAGCCUGGCUCAGCCCUGCCCCAUGACCUCUCCUCCUUCCCCAGUACUGUGGGGCCCACAGUAUUUUUUGCACGUACUGUACUCAAUUCGGUUAAGGGUGGGUUGGGUUUUGAGGGCGGAGGUCCAGCUCUCUUCGCCUGCGAGUUGGCCAAGGAGGAAACCCAGGGCUUUUCCCCACUGCACAUGAUGCCACCCCCCCCAAGGACGCCCCCUCUUUCCAAUAGCCAUGAUCAAAAGCAGUGUAGCAGUGUCCUUCACAGAAAGCCAUUGGAGGGGGCCCCUUGAUGCGCUGGGGGGGGUCCACGCUAAGGGACGUGCCUUGUGCUCGAGCCCACAGAGCUGAACCGCUGCUGAACCGGCAUAGGUUAAGUUCGUCCAAAGCAUCUGCACUUUGAUUUUUGCCAGGGCGUGGCUGUAGGGAGCCACCCACACACCUUGCAAGUCAGGGACUUGGUGAUGGAGGUGGUGGUAAAGGGCCCCUUCAAGCCCUUCCAAGAGAAAAACCGCCCAGAGACGCAAGUUCUGGGCGGUGGACAAGUGCGUUCAAUAAAUAAAGAAAGGCAUCCAGAAGGGAACUAAAAUUCCCAUUGGAAAUGCCAAAAUGGAUGCCCACAUUGUAGGGAAAAGCGGGGCCCGAGGUGGGGUGGGGUGGGGUGGAGACAGCUAAUUGACAAGGUUUGCACUCAAAUGCUUAACGCCUCGGCCCCACCCAUUGGGGGAUACAGUAAAAGCCCAAAGCUUCAAGCGGGGAGAGAGGAGCUGCUAACCAUGUCUCUCCUCUCAAUGCAUGUUUUGGAAUCCCGACAGAGACCUUUCUGAAGCCAACAUGACCGGUCUGAAACUUGACAAGUUUCAACCCGGUUCUGCCGUUUCCCAUGUGCAGAGCAGCCGCUGUUUUGCUCCACCAGCCGCGGGAGCACGAGGAAGCCUGUGUUAGCUGGAAGACUGUGCAUUUGUUGCGGUCGGAACUUUCCUAGGCCAGAGGCGAUAUAAACAGGAGUGGCGUACGCUUUUGCUCUUUUGUUUGUUUUAUUUGUUUGUUUGUUUAUUCGAUUUCUAUACCGCCCUUCCAAAAACGGCUCAGGGCGGUUUACACAGAGAAAAAAUAAAUAAAUAGGAUGGAUAAGAUUUGCCCUCCAACCUCUUUGUUCUUUUGCCCUCCAAAUCGCCAUCUUUGCUAGGACCCUGAUCCCGUUUUUUGCCAUUAGCUCCUCUCUAGAAAUGCCCUUUCAGGAUUCUCAUUCCAACCAUAGAUAUGCCUUUGAAGAAUGAGAAGAAUCCCACCCUUUUCGCUGUCUCUGUGGUGUUCGUAACCUAGGGCCCCAGAUGUUGGACUCUAACUCCCAUUAUCCCCAAACCACAACGGUAUUUUUUGGGAAUGAUGGGAGUUUUAGUCCAGAUACUUCUGGGUUCCCAAGGUUAGGAACCCCUCUUGUAAGGGAUGGGUCAUUUGCACAAAAUCGACAUAUCCCAAGUACAAGUUUGCCAUAAGAAACCGAUUGCUCAUUGAACGCAGAAAAGGCAGUGUUCCAGAGGAUCUUUUUGCUAUUAGAAUAGACUUUCCAGGAGGUCAGCUGCAAGCCAAGCUGGGUUUUGCCAAGAGAUCCCACCCCACCAAAGAUGCUUGUAAGAUCAAAUCCACCUUUGUGCCACUUGGUUUGGAGGAAACGAGUCUCACUUAAAACUUGCAGCUGAUCUUUUGCAAAGUGCAUCUGACAUCCCAGAUUAAGCUCUUAGGGAAUACCUGGCCACACAAGCUCAGCUCCUGCUGUCCUGACCCCUAUGCGUUUCGUGGCUGUCGUUCACAGUGCUUUGGAAACUUCACUGGUACAUGACAUCGCCGCCGAAGAGAAGCUAGAGUUUGAGUGAGUUGCUAAGAUUGAGAAGUGGUGAGGAAGGAGGUCAGAUCUGAUGCCAGGUUAGUAUAAUCUACUGGUCCAGGAAGUAGUAUUAAGCAGCUUGGGGUUGUUUGAGGGCAGAUCCAUCUGUAAAUGCACAUCUUAAAUCCCCCAAAGGGGCCGGGUUUAUCUGUCCUCAGAGGAGCCCCCAAACGCCUUGGAGGCUGCCCUUCCCCAAAUCCACCCCACCCCUGCUCCAGACCCAGCCUCCUGCAAGCCCAGACCAUGAAGGUCAUCACCACACAGCUCUAAGCACCGACCUCGGCAUUGCCCCACAGAACCGCCUGUGAAGGGGGACUGGGAGGAAAACGCAGUGUCCCCACGGGUCACGGACGAAGCUGUUGCAGAGACUGACUCUUUUAGCAUGUUAAUAAAAUAAUCAGGGGAAAAUG